AUGAGCAAAGCUUUUCAUGUGCCCGUUGUGAUCGACGCGGUGGACUGGGAUGCUGGACGAGUCUGGCUCGAGGCCUCCGCGUUGCCUCCUGAUCUGCCAUUUGAUCAACUAUGUAAAAGCCCGGACUACACACUGCUAGCCCUGGAUCAAGAAAGUCUCAUCACGGCCGCCAGAGCGAGAUUCCCGGAGCUAGGUGAAGAAAAUCCAUGGUGGAUAGUGGACGUGUAUGUGACUACCUCAGGUCCGUCGACCGCAACGCAAACCCUACUGGCAUGGCUACUGACACAGAUCAAGGUCAACCUGGAUCUCUUGAUCAGGAGCUUAUUCGCACGCUUCGAGAAAAUUUCCACAAAGAACGAUUUCCCUGCGACGGGCGCAUCUACCAAAGUAUUCGUUUCUACCAAGGCGCGACUGCGCGUUUUCUAUAACCUGGUAGGAGGGCAGGUGGAUCUCCUUUCCCAAAUCGAUGCGAUGACGGUUCACCUAUUGCAGUCCCGAGCGCCUGGGGUCUCAGCCCGGGACUUGAAUUUCCUCCGCCUGAAACAAAAUAGACUCUUUAAGUACAUCGACUGCGAACGAGACCGUGAUGCAAUCUGGCAGAGAAUGGAGCGGAUUCAUCUCCCUAUCCCGACACUGAAGACCUUCUUCCAGGAUAUCCUCUUCCUCGAUGUCGGACAGAGCGUAAUGCGCCAACUCUGUCGUAGCCCUUUAACGGCGACGCGAUCAAUUGACCAAGCUUUGGAAGAACAAUACAUUGUAGAAUCAGGAGGACUCGGGUACAAUCUGUCAAGAAUUUCUGGAAGUCGGUUCCGGUCGGGACUCUGGAAUCUUUGGCGAUUCAGCCAUCAGUUCGCUUUCGAGCUGACAACGCAGAAGGACCAUCAUCGCCGCGUGCCUCGGAAAAUGGAGGAUAUAGAGCGUGCACAAGAAUAUGGGCUCCAUGAAAUCCCUAUUGCAGAGAUGGUUCCCUCUCUCCGAUUCCACUUCUUCGGCCUAGCCCGUCUCCACGGGAUUCAUCCUUCGGUGUCUGUCGACGACACGGAGAGAGCUAUAUCUGAGAUCCCCUUGCAGGUGCAAUCCGAUUUCCCGCUAGAGGAGGACCAAGAUGUGGAUCUGGAACGGCGCUGUGGCAAGCCUUUCACCGACUCUAUUGAAGCCGACCGAUACGCGCUCUCCGAGUCGCUCGCACAUCCUACUAUCCAAGUACGUGUCAGCGCGGUUUCGGUGCGACAGUCCGUAUUUAAUGCCUUUUUUUCAUAUCUCCUUCCCUAA